GAAUGGGUUGAGAAGCACGAGGUUGCAUCACAAGAGCUAAAUGUUACCAAUGUUGUUUGUUAUUCUCUUGAUGAUGAAGAUUCAGUAGCUGUUAAUGGGCACCAGGUAGUAUACUCAGUAACGAUACCAACAGAAGUUGUAGUUGCAAUGGAAACUAAAGCUGGAGAAGUUGUUUCUUUACAAUCAGUAUGUGAGCAAGAAGUAACAGUAACAAUUGUUGUUUCAUUCAAGACUCUUCCCGUACUAGAAACACUAGACCCUGAAUAUCCUGAAGUUGCAAUAGAAGAGCUUUCGGUAGCAGUCAGUGGACACCAUGUGGUAUAUUCAGUCACAACACCGACUGAAGUGGUAGUAGCAAUUGAAACAAGAGCAGGUGAAGUUGAAGUAUGA